GAUGGCGGCAAUUCGCACGAGACGGUGCUUGCCAACCGCCAAUAAACAACUAAAGCUACCAUUAUCCAUCAAAGAAGAAGAACAAAGCGGAAGUGCGUUGAGCAGGAAAAGAAAAUGUCGCUGACGAGCUUUUUACCGGCGCCCACCCAGCUCUCACAAGACCAGCUUGAGGCGGAGGAUAGACUUCGUGCCCAGAAGUCCUACUCCACUGCCUUGGUCGCGUCCCGGAGAGAACCACCUCCUUAUGGACACAGAACUGGAUUUGUACCUCGUGCCCUGGAGGACUUUGGAGAUGGAGGAGCUUUUCCAGAGAUCCAUGUGGCACAGUUUCCUUUGGAGAUGGGGAGGCAGAAGAAAACCUCCAAUGCGCUGACCAUGCAGGUGGAUGCUGAAGGGAAGGUGAAAUAUGAUGCCAUUGCAAGGCAAGGACAGAGCAAGGACAAGGUGGUCUUCAGUAAGUAUACAGAUCUACUUCCUAAAGAAGUUAUGAAUGAAGACACCCCGGAACUACAGAAGCCCGAUGAGGAAGCAAUACAGGAGCUGACAGAAAAGACUCGUGCUGCCCUGAGCAAGCAGGUGUCGCAAAAGAUUGCUGCUGCCAUGCCUGUGAGAGCAGCAGACAAACUGGCCCCAGCACAGUACAUCAGAUACACCCCCUCCCAGCAGGGUGUGGCUUUCAACUCCGGGGCCAAACAGAGAGUCAUCCGCAUGGUGGAAAUGCAAAAAGACCCCAUGGAGCCACCACGUUUUAAAAUCAACAAGAAAAUUCCUCGUGGACCUCCUUCACCGCCUGCACCAGUCAUGCAUUCUCCAAGCAGAAAGAUGACCGUGAAGGAACAGCAGGAGUGGAAGAUUCCCCCAUGCAUCUCCAACUGGAAGAACGCGAAGGGUUACACCAUCCCUCUUGACAAGCGUUUGGCUGCUGAUGGAAGGGGACUGCAAACGGUUCACAUCAAUGAAAACUUUGCCAAGCUCGCUGAGGCGCUGUACAUUGCUGAUAGAAAGGCCAGAGAGGCAGUGGAGAUGAGGGCCCAGGUGGAAAAGAAGAUGGCCCAGAAAGAGAAAGAAAAGAAAGAGGAGAAACUCAGGGAGUUGGCCCAAAUGGCUCGAGAUCGCAGAGCAGGAAUUAAAAGCCACGGCGACAAAGGUGGCGAUGACGGUGAGGCCAGGGAGCGUGACGAAAUCCGCCAUGACCGAAGGAAAGAGAGACAACAUGACAGGAACAUUUCCAGAGCUGCUCCUGAUAAAAGGUCAAAGUUGCAGAGAGACCAGGACAGAGACAUUAGCGAGCUGAUUGCUCUGGGAAUGCCCAACCCUCGCACCACAAAUGAGGCCCAGUAUGACCAGCGACUAUUCAAUCAGAGUAAAGGAAUGGAUAGUGGCUUUGCCGGCGGUGAGGAUGAGACGUACAACGUGUAUGACCAGCCUUUCCGCAGUGGCAGAGACAUGGCGUCAAACAUCUACCGGCCCAGCAAGAGCAUUGACAAGGACGCCUACGCCGAUGACUUUGACACACUCAUGCGCAACAACCGAUUUGUUCCCGACAAAGAGUUCUCGGGUGCCGACCACGGCCAGAGGCGCGAUGGGCCUGUCCAGUUCGAGGUGGACCCCUUCGGUCUGGAUAAAUUCUUGGAGGAGGCCAAGCAGCACGGCGGCUCAAAGAGACCGUCCACUAGCAGCCGUUCCAAGGACGACUACCACGACAAGAAGCGCAGGAAGGAGUGAGGCCGUGCAGUGGCUCGCUGGAAGACGGGGAGGUUGUCUACACUUAAGUGUGCAGAUCCUCAGUAGUUUCGUUCCACUCAAAUGUCUAUAGGGAUUGUUUUCUUUCUUUUCUUUUUAAUUUGGCUAAUGUGAAAGAUUGUGAACAUUACACUUUGUAUCACUUUUUUUUGCCCCAACAACCUUAUUCAUCUGUCUCAGGCAUCCAUCUAUCCAUCCAUCUUCUAUGGCGCUUAUCCUCACUAGGGUCGCGGUGGUAUUCUGGAGCCUAUCUCAGCUGAUUUUUUUGGCAAGAGGCGGUGUACACCCUGGACUGGUCACGAGCCAAUCGCAGGGCGCAUAUAUACAAGCACCCAUUCAAACUCGGAUUCAUCAUCUGUCUCAUUUAUAACCUAAAUGAAAAUGUCAUGUGCAGAUGAAAUGAGUGAAAUCUGCUAAUGAACAUAUGUACAGUGCAACCAAUGCUAUUGAAAUGUGUAGAUUUUGGUUGGUUUAGGUUUAAUUUCAGUUUAUUCGACAUGACAGCUUAGUUUUGUCAGUUGUGUACUAUUUUUAAGAGGCUCUGUAUGUGUUGGUACAGUAUUUCAUGACAGGUGUGUGCCUGUUCAACACAAACCAUCUUUGUAAUCCUUGUACAACAAUACAAUAAAUUCCAGAUAGUGUG